GGUCACAACACAAGGCUAGAGCAACGGACUCGGCGGGAAGAGCACCAGCAGAGACGGCCUGUCGGCACCCUCACCUGGAAGCAGCUUUACUGAACACCUUGAACGAUGACUGCAAACCAGAAGAUGACCAUGAGGGUCAUUCUAACCGAGGCAGAUAUAAGAAAAGUCAUCCUAAAUACAAGGCCCUCUACAGUCGAAGAUUUGAUAAGCAAGCUUAAAGAGUCACUGGGACUUCAAUACAACUUCAGUCUCCAAUACCAAGACCCCGAAUUCAAUAAUGAACUAUGUAAUCUGACAGAUACUGAAGAACUUCCAGAAAAACCAACAGUUAAAGUCUUGCCUGUCUUUGAGCUAGUACCUGUCCCACCGGAUGAAGUCUUCAAUGACACAACGAGUACAGCAGAUACAGAGAUACUUUCACACUCUUCUCAGGAGCGACAAGAACAGUGGCCAGAAUUUUUUGAAAUCCCGACAUUUUCUGUUGAUGUACAGUAUAGACUUAGGCAAGCAGAUCUGCUUUUUAUGAGUGAGGGAACACACCUUAAAGUAUCAAAAGAACUAAAACAUGAGAUACUUGAGAGAUUGGCAGAGAGCAUGUAUAGCUACACAGCAUACCCAACAGCUGCUCAGUUUGAAAGUGUUGCAGCAGCACUGAUAAGCAAACACCCUUGUCUCCAGGAGCCACUCGCUGUUGUGGUUGGAAAAAUAGACUAAAGUAUAAAAUGGCUAAUUAUAGAACAAAGCGCAGGCAAUCAGGAUGCCUUGAUGUUGCAGUAAAUGCUGGUAAGCGGGGAAGGCAUUCAGCAGAAGGACAACCAGCUAACAAGCGCAUCAAAAAGGCAAAGAAAGGUGAAAUCAACUACUUGCCCAACUUUCCGGAUGGAUUUGAUCGGACAGCCCUGGAGGGGGCAUGCAAAGACUUGGUUGAUGAAAUGCAGAAGAGAACACCAAAUGGACCUCUUGUGAAACAGAAGAUGGAUCAGACGUUUGCUCUGAGAAGAAAAGAGGUAGUGGAGUCGGAACCUGCCAUAAGCACAAUGGUGAAACGCUGGCCUGCCCUCUUCACUGAAGAUCAGGUGUUCAUGGAGUUCAGCAGGAUUGUGGGAAAGAACCUCAAGCAGGAAUUCUAUGAGAGCAUCGAUCGGCACAGUCCUCGUCUCCUUGAGUUAUUUCGCUCCAAGAGAGGGAAUGUUGGACAGUUGUUGACACAGAUUUCGCAACAGACCAGUACUACAGACCCUAAUGCGAUCCGGACACAGGUGCUCAGAGGACUUCCAAUCAUCCUGGGGGACAACCCCACAAACUUCUUCAAAGCUGGCUAUGAAUCUGAUGAUGAUGAUUCUUUCCGUGAUGUUGACAUCGGGAUACUUCUCAUUGAGCGUGAAGGUCCUGUGCUCACAUCUUCCCAGCAUCUCAGUCCAGCCUUGUUGAAAAUCAUCAUUGAGGGAGAAGUCGUGAUGGGAAACAUUCAAGAUCUGCUGUAGGAAGCGGGCUGAAGGAUGUGACUUAAGUCUUUGUAGAUGGAGUUAGAUAUUGUUUUGAUAUGAUAGUCUUUGUUGGUUCAUGUGUUGGCCUCCCUUCAUUUAGGCAGAUGAAGCAGUAUAAUUGUUUCAAUGAUUUGAAAUGACGAUGAUGAUGAUGAAUGAUUAAUCAUUUUAGGUUGGAUGUGUUGAUGUUGACCUGAUGGUAAGUUUGUAAUAAUAAGACUGGCUCUGUUUUGCCUUUUUCCUUAAAAAUAAAAUACA